CAGGCAAGGCAGACCGGGUGGCUUCCCUGGUGGGGUGGGGAGGGCGAGGCAAAGGGCAACCGGUGCACCAGUCCUGGGAUGGCUUACAGCGUGACCCUCACUGGCCCAGGACCCUGGGGCUUCCGUCUCCAGGGGGGCAAGGACUUCAACAUGCCACUCACCAUCUCUCGGAUCACUCCUGGCAGCAAGGCGGCCCAGUCUCAGCUCAGCCAGGGGGACCUUGUGGUAGCUAUUGAUGGCGUGAACACAGACACCAUGACCCACCUGGAGGCCCAGAACAAGAUCAAGUCAGCCAGCUACAACCUGAGCCUCACCCUGCAGAAGUCAAAGCGCCCCAUUUCCAUCUCCACCUCAGCUCCUCGAAUUGAGUCUCCAAUGCCAGUGAUUCCCCAUCAGAAGGACCCUGCUUCGGAGAUGAAUGGCAACUUGGCAGCUUUAAGCUCUAUCCCCAGUCCCAAGGUGGGCCUCACCACCCCAGGGGUGACCAAUGGAACAGGCCUAGGGACUCUCAGCACCCAGGAGGUCCGCCAAACCUUUAGCUCCUCCUCCCAGGCCACCAUCAUCUCCUCCCACAUGGUGACCUCGGAGCCUCCGAGAGGGAGCCAAGGGUCGAAGGCAAAUCCAGAGUCAACCUCUGACAGUCUGAGCCCCAAGGCACAAGUGGGCUCCGGGCAACAAAGACAGUAUAACAACCCCAUUGGCCUGUACUCUGCAGAAACCCUAAGGGAGAUGGCUGAGAUGUAUCAGCUCAGCCUCAGAGGGAAGGCUCCGGGUACAGAACCUCCAAGAGGUAACAUCCCCGUUAAAGAUCUUGCAAUAGACAGUGCUUCCCCUGUGUAUCAGGCUGUGAUUAAAAACCAGAACAAGCCUGAAGAUGAAAUGGAUGAGUGGACCCGCCGCUCCUCCAACCUGCAGUCACGCUCCUUCCGAAUCCUGGCGCAGAUGACCGGCACGGAAUUCAUGCAAGACCCUGAUGAAGAGGCCCUGAGGAGAUCAAGUGGCAAGGACAGUUCGAAGGAGUCAACAGGAAGAAGUACCCCCAUCGAGCAUGCUCCAGUGUCUACCAGCCACGCCUCUGCUCUGCCGCCAGCUUCUGCCCAUCCGCCUGCUACUGCUGCUGCUGCUGCCAGCUCAGCCCGCCCAGCAUCACCCCCAGCUGCCUCCACCACCUCUGUCUCUGCUGACAGCCUCUCACCUGCUUUCCAAAGGGUCCUUAGCUCUUCCUAUUCCCCGGCAGCUUCGGCAUCCCACACUCCCGCCACCUAUAAUGAAGCUCCUGCCACCGCUCCUAAACCCCGUGUGGUCACCACUGCCAGCAUCCGACCUUCAGUCUACCAGUCAGUACCUGCAAGCAGCUAUAGCCCAGCGCCAGGCACCAAUUACAGCCCAGCUCCAGGAGCAACCUACAGCCCAGCCCCAGCCUAUACCCCAUCUCCAGCCCCAGCCUACACCCCAUCCCCAGCCCCAGCCUAUACCCCAUCCCCAGCCCCAGCCUACACCCCAUCCCCAGCUCCUUCCUAUAACCCUUCCCCAUACAGCCCAGCCCCAUCAGCAACCUACAGCUCUGGCCCAGCAGAGCCAGCUAGCCGCCCACCAUGGGUGACUGAUGAUAACUUCUCUCAAAAGUUUUCCCCUGGGAAGACCACCACCUCAAUCAGCAAGCAGAUCCUUCCCCGGGGUGCUCCAGUGGCAUCCCCAGGCUAUACUCCUGCCAGCACCCAGGUACCCACAUUAGCCCGAGGUACCAUCCAGAGGGCUGAGCGCUUUCCAGCCAGCAACCGGACUCCUCAUUGUGGACACUGUAACAGCAUCAUUCGGGGUCCCUUCCUGGUUGCUAUGGGUCGCUCCUGGCACCCAGAAGAGUUCAACUGUGCCUACUGUAAGACCUCUCUGGCCGAUGUGUGCUUCGUGGAGGAGCAGAAUAAUGUGUACUGUGAGCGCUGCUACGAGCAGUUCUUUGCCCCACUGUGCGCCAAGUGUAACACCAAGAUCAUGGGGGAAGUGAUGCAUGCUCUGAGGCAGACUUGGCACACCACUUGCUUUGUCUGUGCGGCCUGUAGGAAGCCUUUUGGCAAUAGUCUCUUCCACAUGGAGGAUGGGGAGCCCUACUGUGAGAAAGAUUACAUCAAUUUGUUCAGUACCAAGUGUCAUGGCUGUGACUUCCCCGUGGAAGCUGGAGACAAGUUCAUUGAGGCCCUGGGACAUACUUGGCAUGACACUUGCUUCAUCUGCGCUGUCUGUCAUGUGAAUUUAGAGGGACAACCCUUCUACUCCAAGAAAGAUAAGCCACUGUGCAAGAAACACGCUCAUGCUGUCAAUAUCUAAAAGAAGCUAGCAGCCCCUGGCCUCGGAGGGAAACUCGAUGGCCAACCCUGUUGACUACAAAAAAGGAUAAAUCACGAUGGAAAACUUUUCUUUCUGUGGGGGAGGGAGAGGAGCUAGGAAGCCCCUGAAAUCUUUUGAAGUACAAUUUUAGUCCUUCUUCUGUAUGCAGAACAUGCGUUUGCCUCAUUCUGACCAGAAGCCAACCCAAGUCUCUCCCUCAAGGAGCUGGUAAUUAAUCCAAGACUGGAAUGGUACUUCAAAAGCUGAGGACACAAUUGUGAGCACUCCAGAUUUUAUGAAUCUAAAAGCAACUUUUCCUAAGAAAUACAAAUAUGCUCUUGAAUAAGCUCAGCAAAGUGGCCGCCAGAGUUCUGGCCAUACCUUUGCUGGCAUUUAACAGGAGCUCAGAGUCCUUUCGAAGAGCCCUCUAGUCUGUAGCUACAGCUGGCUGAAAGAAAAACAAAAAGUCAUAUGCCAAAAAAAGUUCCAGUUGUAGCAUAUUUUUAGGCCUGGAGCUGGUAGUUUGUAAAGUAAGACAGAUCCAGGCGUUCCUCACCAAAAAAGGAAGCAUUAUUCCAUUAUUAAUACAAUGGUGCUAACUCCCAAAGCAUCAAACUAGAGGCCUUUAAAUAAACCAAUUUGAAGUAGUCUCCAUACCAUGAAGGGUGACCAAGAAUAAAAAAAAUUGAGUGCCAAAGACAAAAGAAAGGGGUUGUUUCCUAGGAGAGCCUGGGACAUUGAAAAGGAUAACACAAGUAAAGAUGUUCCUCUACUCAGCACAAAGUUAAGAAAAGUUAGCUUCUUCAGCUCAUCUCUUUUGGUCUUAGACACCCAGUGUCCAUAAAGUACCCAUCUCAUGUUCAAAUUGGGAUGGAAAAUGGCAUGGGUGUCCCCCAAAUUUGUUCUUUGGUGGAAGAGGUAAGGGGAUGGAGAGGACUCUGUGUGGCAUUUCAGUGUUGCAUCUGUUGUGAGAGCUUUCUUGGAAUGAUGAUGUUUCUGGGUCUCCACAUCCAUGGUUCUUCAAAUGGCCUCUGAUUGAAGUCUUUAUCAGACCCCUUUGUCAGGGCGAGAGAACCAAGCUGGAUUCAUCAGUACUGGGAAGGAGCAAAUAUAGAAUGUAAAAAAAAUUAGAUUAGCAGAAGGGACUGCCCAGCCCAUAGGGUGAGGGGAGCCUUAAUUUCUGCUAAAUUCAUUGAAGAUGGAGGGCAAAGAUCAUGGACUGGUGGUGUUUCACAGUUACAUCUGGUACCACUGUGAUUAGUUCCCCCACAGGGGAUACAUUCUUUAGCCUAUGGUUUUGUUGGCUGAUAAGAAGAAAGGAUAGGACAAUAUUGACUGAAUUGCUCAUCUAUCUUGCUGGCUAACAUUUUUACAAUGUCUUCUCCUUUGAGUUGCGCUAGAAAAAUUUUAAACUUAGCCUUGCUAGUCAAUAUAGCAAGUAUUUAUUGAGAUUGCCUUUGAGAUUGUCCAAAUUCUUUAAAUAGUGUCAGUGAUGAGCUAAUAUGCCAAAUGGUCAUUUUUAGGUUAUUUCAGAGAGUAGAAGUAAGAAAAAAGUGUGAUUUCUGAGUAUGACAUUUUUGUUUUUCAUUCCUUCUUUAGCAAGCAAUAUUAUUUUACUCAUUGACAACGUGUAUUUCCAGAUUGAAUGGCUAUUUCUCUCCCUUAAGCAUGAUCAGGUGGAGUUUUUUGCAUCCUAUUGCUAACUCUUGCAUCCUUCCUUUUGAGGAUUAUUUCCUUCCCUUUUUGCCCAUUUGGUAUAUUGUAUGAUAAUGAAGAAGUUCCAGUUCUCCACUGGAAACCAAUAGGGGAAAGUACCUAAGUAUGUAAAUUGAGGAUGCUAACAAAUGGUCAUGGAUUUUAAACUUUAUUUCCAUAGGGGAAAUACCUAAGUAUGUAAAUUGAGGAUGCUAACAAAUGGUCAUGGAUUUUAAACUUUAUUUCCAUGGACCUCCAUGAAGCUAUCCAUUCUCUUCCAUAUAGAAUCCAAAAGAGAAUAUAUACAUAUAUACAUAAAUAUAUGCACUGAGACUGGAGCCCUGAGUUGGCAUAUCUUUUUUGUACAUUGAUGUUAAAUGCUACUUUUCAGAUCAGGGAGAUAGGUUUUCUGGUCAUUUUUAGGGGGUAGACACCAACAACUAUAUACUGUACUGUCACCUUCUUUAAAAAUCUAAUAGGCAAGGACAAUGCAAUUCUGAAAACAUCCAGACGACACUUUUGAAUGGCCAACAUAUCUAUCAGGGUACAACAGAAUGCUAGAUUUAGGAUUUCCAGCUGGGAAGAACCUUUCAGAUGAUUUAGUCCAACCCUUGAUUUUACAGAUAUGGAAACUAAAGCCCAAACUGACAAAGUAACAUACCCAAAAGAUGACCACUUAAGUGAUGGAGUCAGGACAUAAGCUCAGAUUUUCUGAGACAUGUGGUUGUAGAUUCCAAGUUGAAAGGGAUUGUAGACGUCACUGAUUUCAAUCUCUUCAUCUUUAAGAUGAGGUUUUACUCAAGGUCACAUAGGUAGUAAGUGCCAGAGUCAGGAUUUGAACCCACAUUUUCUGAUUCCAGAUCUAGCACUCUUUCCAAUGAACCACGCUUGUUCUUUGGACCCCAAAUCCAGUGUUUUUUCCACUACACCACAUUUAGCCCAUCCUCUGUCCUUUCACAAAUUUCCUAACACUUGGUUUCAAGGGGAGAAAUCAAUAGGAAACCCAUGUUCCUUACAGCUAAAGAAUAUUACAGCCUGUUUGAAGGUUUUAUUUUUGGCUCCUUUUUUGUGGAAAUUGACAAGGAAAGUGAAAAACCAUAAAAGGGAACUUUGGGGAAAUGAGUUUUGCUAUUACUUUUAGGUUUUUGUAGACUGUUUAGAUCACACACACACACACACACACACACACACACACACGCACACAAUUCUAAAGUUAACAGAAAAAGGAAGUCUCUUAAAGUUUAGUCCUUCAGGGGUCAUUAAGUUUGGUACAAGGUUUUGUUUAAGGUUAUCUCUUACUUAUGGUUAAUUGCAUGAAUGCCUAUAGUAUGGAACCACACUUCUGAGUCAACAUAAGGCAGUAUACUUUGGAUUUGAAAUCUUUGUCUCCUUAGAAUAGACAUCUGUUUAACAUUUCUAAACAUUAACUUUAGCAACAGAGUGAGUUGUGUCUGCAGUGAUGUGCUAGGAAUCUAGCUUUUAUAAUGUUUUUUUUUCCCAAAUGCCUUUGCUUUUGAAUUUUUUAAGAAAAAGUUUCUAUUUAUUAGCUCAGAAGUGGAAUGUAGUGCCGUUUAUUAGGAGUGUGUGCCAAUAUAUUUUGCAUGGAGUUUUUGCGCCAACCAAUGUGAAAUAAACAUUGUCACAAAAUAAAACAAUGAAAAA